UUAGCAUCUGAAACUGGGAUAAAGUUUUCCCCCAAAAAUUGGGGAAAAACUUCCUGCGAGUGAAGGACUACCUCAAGCGUAGGUUUGAAAGUAUCCUACUCCCAAAACAUUUAGAACAUAAUAGUCGUAGAGUAAGACAUUCUUUAAAACCACUUCUGUCGGUGUCGGCAUAUUCUGAUAUAUUUUGUAACCACAGCUUCAAAAGUGGAGACCGUUUUUUCUUUGCUAUCCUUGCAUUUCUUUAAACGAGAAAUGGAAGAGGGCUCAAGUUCUCCCGUCUCCCCAAUGGAUAGCCUACUGACCAGUGAGGAUGAGUUGGACAGGCAACAGAAAAGAUUUGGAAGGAAGAGGAGACACAGUAAAAAGUCGAGCGAGGACAGCUGUCCGGAUAACGUGAAACGGGGCAAAAAACCGAGUCCGAGCAGCAGCACUCAGUCCUACGAGGAGUUGCAGAACCAGCGGUGCCUGGCCAACGUCAGGGAGAGGCAAAGGACACAGUCGCUCAACGAAGCCUUCUCGUCUUUACGCAAAAUCAUCCCCACGCUACCCUCGGAUAAACUGAGCAAGAUCCAGACACUAAAACUGGCGUCCAGAUACAUAGACUUCCUCUAUCAAGUGCUGCAAAGCGACGAGAUGGACAACAAGAUGUCGAGCUGCAGCUAUGUUGCGCACGAGAGACUCAGUUACGCUUUCUCCGUAUGGCGGAUGGAGGGCGCGUGGUCAAUGUCUGCAUCUCAUUAGCAUCCAAAGCCCUUCACUCAAUGCCAAAGCGACUGUUUACUUCUACAAAGUAUGAAGACACCAAAGGAUCUAUUGAAGAAGCCACGAACCUCAGAAACGUGGUCAAGAGGCAUAAUGUGGUGCACAACUCUCCUGUAGUGCUUUGAGUGCAAUUACCUAACACUUGGAAGAGUGUGAGAAGGAGUGAAGAUAACCCGAAAAGUUGCAUACUCAGACAGUGUUGUAAGACGCUUCUCGUGUCUACUGCUGGCGCAUUAUAAUGUUGUUUUAAUGUCGGAAUGGUGAUGAGAGUAGGGAAAAAAACAUCUUUUAUCUUUUUGGGGAAAUUAUAUUUCGUUCUGUUUGUAAAAUCUCAAAAUAGAAGUAUAUAUAAAUGUUUCCUAUUGUACAUAGGCCUACCUGUAUGUAUAUUCAGCUUGUAAAGGGACCAAUGCAAUUUAGAAUACGUUCUUGAAGUACGCUGCAUGGAUUUAUCCAGAUUUGACUUAUAAGCAAGUCUUUCAACUCUGUCCAAUGUACAUUUAAAAAAAACGUAUUUAUUAAAACACAUAUUUUUGAACAAUGUA